AUGCCUGGAAGAUUAUGGUGCAAAGCUGCGUUUACAGUCUGUAAACGAUACCCUCGAAACCGAAAAGAGCACACUGCUCUUCUGAAGAUUGAGGAUGUUUAUUGCAGUGAUGAAACAGAAUUUUACAUGGGCACGAGAUGUGCCUACAUUUACAAAGCAAAGAACAACACUGUCACUCCUGGUGGUAAACCAAACAAGACCUGUGUCAUUUGUGGUAAAGUGAUCCGUGCUCAUGAAAACAGUGGCAUGGUGCGUGCCAAGUUCAGCAGUAACCUGCCUGCUAAGGCUAUUGGGCACAGGAUUCAUGUGAUGCUGUACCCAUCAAGAAUUUAAA